UCCACACGUCGUGCCAGCGGCGAUUCCAGGCCUAAGAGAUACGUCACGGUUCCUCUCGAACUUUUGAACGACGAUCAUGCUGUCGAUUUGUUACGGGAUUCGCUGAAAGUGCAUAAAUCUUUGGCGGGGAAAACGAGGACUCGUCAGCGACGAUCCAAGAGACCCGGUCAUCGACACGAGCACAAACUCGUCACUGAGAAGAUCAUUUGUGAUUCCGAACGAGAUGGGUUAGAGCACAUAAUUGUCAAGACAAGGGAAGACAUGGAUGCUGCAGAUAUUUUGCGGCAUGUGGAAUGGAAAAGCUCUUUGUCUUCGCCGAAACUUGAGAAUUGGGCAAAGAUUUCUGGAAAACAGCCGUUAAUUCAAGAGAGAAUGUUGGAGCAUAAGCCAUCUGAUAUAUUGGCACUCAUGACAACUCCAGCAAAUGAAUUCAGCGCACUUGCAAAACGGGAAAUCCGUAACAACGUUGACUUGUUCCCUUCGACCAAGAAAAGGCACAAAUCGAUGAACAUCCAAUCGGAAAAAGGACACAGAAAAGCCAGAACCAAAUCCAGCCCAUCCAAGCAGCAAAUCGACUACCACGAC